UAGGAAGAAAAUACAACCUGGUCAAUGUUGGGAAACAGCAGUGGCAGGAGCCCCAAUUGCACAGACUGGAGCCAGGCCUCUGCUGGGGACAUCUGCAAGCUGUUCCUCAUGGUCCUCCUGGUGGUGUUGAUCAGCCUCGGCAAUCUGGUGAGCCUCCUGGUUUUCUUCCGUGUCAGGCAAUUCAGAACCUCCCAAGGCUACCUGAAAGCCUCCUUGGCCCUAGCUGACUUGGCGGUGGGGCUCAUCGUCGUGCCUUACUCAGUUUACAGGGAGGUGAACAGGUUGACCUGGGGGAUGGAACCAGAGACGGAUAAAUAUGAGAAGCCUGCUUGCUUCAUCACUGGGCCCAUCUUUGCAGGCUGUACCUUUGUCUCGAUCAGCACCAUCUUUCUGCUCUCGGUUGAGAGGAGUGUAGCUGUGCUGAAGCCUCUGCACAGGAAAGCAGUGAUCACCAAGCGCAGGACUAUUUGGCUCAUUGUGGCCUCUUGGGCCAUGAGCUGCUGCUUGGCAGUGGUGCCCUUGCUCUCCAGCCCUGAUAUCACCUUCCAGUACAAUGCCUGCAGCAAGAUGUGCAACUAUGCCUUUCCAACAGACAAGCCGCCUGAAUCCCAUUGGAAUAUCAUGCUACUGUACCCGGUCUUUGAUUUCUCAGUUUUGAGCGGGACCUUUGCGAUCAAUGCCAUCACCUUUGCAGCCGUCCACCAAUACUGCAAGAAACGGAAGCAACUGGGAGAAGAGGCACAGGGCGGUAGCAACCAGGUCUCCUUCUCAGACAUUACUGCUGCCAAGACCAUUGGCAUUCUGACUUUUGCUUUCUCCAUUUCCUUCCUCCCCAUUGCGGUAUUUGUUGUGGGGUCAGUAGUGGGAUACCAGUGGUGCAAGUUCUCCUUCUACGCCUUCUGGAUCCUCACUUCCAACAGCUGUUGGAACGUGGCCAUCUACAGUGUUUGGGAUCCCAAGUUCCGCCAGGGGGUUCGGGAGCUGUUCAACAAGCCGGUGCUGAUAUCGACCUCUCAGGAUGCCGCCUGCUCACAGGAGGAGCACAGCUCUGCCCCUGCCUGUGUGGCAAUCCUCAAGAAGAUGUUCCGCCCAGAAAGCAACCAAUAGCACAGUUGGUGUCUGCCGUUUUGUUUAGGGUGGCUGUUGUGUUGGGAUGUGCAGUCCUUAUUCUAUUCCACUGCAAGCUCCUUUGUGGACAGGGCUGGCCAGAGAUAUUUUGCUGCCUGGGGUAAAGGAUGAGAUGGCCCCCUUAUUUCCAUGUAUGGAAUUGACAAUUGAACAUUGGCUCGUUUAAGGAGUGUAGGACGGAUCACACAGCCUACACAUCUCUGCCUCCAACGUGUCACUGUCACCCUCUGUCCAACUAAAUCUGCUGCCUGAGGUGGCCACCUCACUCUCCCUAAUGAUGGAGCUGGUCCUGUUAUCUUUUAGAAAUGUGCACUUCUCUUGAAGCGCCAGACUUUUGCUUGGAUGCGUUGGACUGUAACCUCCUGGAUUUCAUAGAAUAAAUGCUGCACAGAUUUAUGGGCAUGAAUUAUAAUGCAGACUGCAGAAGCAUGCUGCUCUCUCAAAAAUUGUUCUAAGUAAGUUCUGGUUUACAUAAAUAAGCAGAGGAAAAGGGAUAGAACAGAGCCUUAAAAAAAAAAAACCCACAGAACACAGAUAUCUCUACAGAGCAGAAUAUUUCUUCUCUGUACAAACUUGGAAAAUGGCCCUUUGUAGAUCCAAGUCCAAGGAAAACAACAAUACAAUUACCAAACAUGGCCCUUGGGUGCAGCUAUUGCUUGUUGUAUUAUCACAAAUAUGGUUAUGGUAUUUCAGUAUGCAACAUAUAAAAUUCACUCAAACUCUAAAUGUGCGUGUUCUGCAAAGAUCAUGGAUACAGUACUCUUAAAAAUGGAGCACUGCUUGCAGAGACUUAAGAUAACAUCCUUUAUUCUGGGUUAAUUAAAUCAAAACAACUACGUUUCUUCUUUAUGGUUUUGUACUCAGAAUCACUAUUGAAAAUUAACAUGGCCAUAUUUAAAUAGGCAUUGAAAGAAUAGGAAGCUGGCGGUCUUGAUAAAGCAAAGUUGCCGGACCACCAACUUGGAAGGUUUUGCAAGCAAUGUGCCACUUGUGUUCAGCAAUAUAGAAGAGUAAGGUUUCAAUUACCCUGAUCAUAUGUUGAAGUAUUUGUUAAAGUGGAUUGGGGGCAGCUUAUCUGUAUUACAUGGUUGCUGUUACAAAAAAAUGUUGAUGUUGAAAAGAUGGGAAGUUGUAAUACGUGACAGUGAUGUAAUAUUAAGGAGACGAUUAAGUGAUAGACUGAAUAACUGUUUUGUUGAUAGACCUUUCAUCCGGCAUUCACCAGGCUUGGUGGAUGUUUACAAAGGCUCUCACUCUGUGUAAUCCUCUGUUAUGACUUCUUUUCCUAUUUGGCUGCUUUAAAAGAACUGCAGUAUUUGUUGUAUGAGGCUAUCUUGAUAACACACACCAAUCUGAAUGUACUCAUUGAUGAUGAAUUUCCCUUGGUUAAAUAGAAUGCUACAAAAAUAAUAAAUAUUGUUUGCACAAUCAUUUUAA